AUGAACCCCCACACACAUGCCCGGGUAGGUGUGGCCGUCUUCAUCUUCAACGGUCACAACGAAUUUAUUAUCGGUCAAAGAAAAGGCAGUCACGGUGCUGGAACCUGGGCACUUCCAGGUGGACAUCUCGAACUCAACGAGUCAUUCGAGACAUGUACAGAGCGCGAAAUCCUCGAAGAGACCGAUCUCAAGGUCCAAGAUAUUCGCUUCUUAACUGUCACUAAUGAUAUCAUGGAAUCGGAGGGAAAGCACUACAUUACUGUGGUAAUGGGAUGUAAGCUUUGUGAUGUGGAUGCGCAGCCUAAGCUCAUGGAACCCAACAAAUGCAGUGGAUGGGAAUGGACAACCUGGGAACAGCUUCGAAUGGAUUAUGAUGCAGGGAAGGGUCGGCCUUGGAUUGAGAGAGCCUCCCGGAAGUUAACGCCGGCAGCUGCCUACGAUGAGGCUGUUUUUUCUGAAAAGGGAGAGAUUAUUCCUGAGAGUGAUUCGAUGGAGGUGGAUGAGAAUACCGAGAUGACUACGCCUCAAACUCGACAGCUCUUUCUUCCCCUGGUGAAUCUGUUCGAGCAGAGGGGUGGGUUUGAUCCUGUUGCGGAUUACUGGAUUGCAGAUUAG